AUGGCAUCUUCAUCGUCUUCUCUUUCUGUGCCGUCAUUAUCUUCUCAGUUGUGGCAAUACCAUGUUUUUCUUAGUUUUAGAGGAGAAGAUACUCGUAAGAAUUUUGUGGAUCAUCUCUACACAGCUCUUGAACACCAAGGGAUCUUUACUUACAAGGACGAUGAAACACUUCUUCAGGGUGAAUCAAUCGGCCCAUCCCUUGAGAAGGCUAUUGAAGAAUCACAAAUUUCUGUCAUCAUAUUCUCUAAAAACUAUGCUGAUUCUUCAUGGUGUUUAGAUGAACUUGUACAUAUCAUGAAAUGCAAGGAUAAGAGAGGCCAAGUCGUGAUACCCAUAUUUUAUGACGUUGAUCCUUCCGAUGUUCGAAAACAAAAACGCAAAUAUGGAGAAGCAUUUGUGAAACAUGAGUUGGAGAACAACAAUAAGGUUGAAUAUUGGAGAAAAGCACUUGUGGAUGCAACUAACAUUUCUGGAUGGGAAACCGAGCACAUUGCCAACGGGCAUGAGUCGAAGUGCAUCAAAAAAAUUGUUGACACAAUUUCACAUAGGUUGCAUCCAAUAACUUCAAGUGUGGAUGACAACCUGGUUGGAGUAGAGGCUCGCAUGCAACACUUGAUACCAAAGUUACAGAUUGGGCUUGGCGGUAAGAGGAUGAUUGGAAUAUGGGGGGUUGGGGGCGGUGGUAAGACUACUCUUGCCUCUUCUAUUUAUGAUGAAAUCUCUAGCAAGUUCGAUGGUUGCUGCUUUCUAAAAAAUAUACGGGAGGAAUCAAGUAACAAAGACGGGUUGGAAAGAUUGCAAGCGAAAAUUCUUUGUGGUGUUUUGAAACAAAAACAAGUGGAGGUGGGGAGAGUUGAAGAAGGAAGGCGCAUGAUAAAGGAUAGGUUACACCGUAGAAAGGUCUUGAUUGUUCUUGAUGAUGUUGAGAACCUUGAGCACCUGGAACAAUUAGUUGGAUCACAUGACUGGUUUGGUGAAGGAAGCCGCAUAAUAAUCACAAUUAGAGAUGAGCAUGUUUUAACUGGACAUAAAGUAGAUGUGAUACACAAUAUUACCUUGUUAAACAAUGACGAGGCUAUGAAGCUCUUUUGCAAGCAUGCACCUUGUGGUCACAAACCUUUAGAAGAUUACGAGCUUCUUUCAAAAGACGUGGUUUCUUAUGCUGGUGGGCUCCCAUUAGCACUUAGUGUUCUCGGUCGUUUUCUAUGUGACAAAGAGAUGGAUGAGUGGAAAAGUGCAUUGGCUAGACUGAAAGAUAUUCCAGAUGCUGAUAUCUUGGAAAAGCUAAAAAUCAGCUUUGAUGGACUCAACACUGUGGAGAAACAGUUGUUCCUUGAUAUUGCAUGUUUCUUCAGAGGGAGGUAUAAAGAUAACGAAGAGAUAAUGAUGAUACUUAAUGCUUGUGGUUUUCACCCUGUUAUAGGCAUAAAGGUGUUGGUACAAAAGGCUCUCAUAACUAUUACAGAAUAUGGAAAGUUUGAUAUGCAUGAUUUAGUACAAGAAAUGGCACACUACAUUAUUAGAAAGGAACACCCCAACAAUCCUGAUAAACAUAGCAGAAUCUGGAAGGGGGAAGAUGUUCUAAAAAUAUGUGCAAUGGAUGCAACGACGAACCUUGACAAGAUUGAAGCUAUAUAUGUUCAGCGUAUCAGGAGUGACGAAUCACGUGUUCUUCAGGUCACUGCAAACAUGAAGAAACUUCGGUGGAUUGAUUUGAACCUUAAUCUGGCAGAAGCUGAAUUGGUUAUAGUGCCAGAAAAAUUUCCACCAAGGGAGCUUUGUUGUCUAACAUUGAGGUUUCUCAAUGCAAAACAACUUUGGGCGGGUUACAAGUUUCUACCAAACUUGAGAAUGAUCAGACUCUUUUACUUGACGAACCUAAUCAGGACACCAGAUUUUGAUGGGCUUCCUAACCUUGAAAGAUUCAUAGUUGAUGGAUCUCCGCUUUUAGAAGAGAUUCAUCCAUCAUUUGGACGUUUGGAAAAAUCUUGUUUGUGUAGAGAUACGAGAUUGUGA